UGUUUGUUUAGGUAGCGACGGGAACGACCGUUCGAGCACCAACAUUUUUACUGGAAACAAUCGAAAAUGGACCGUUGAUUCAAUCAGUAAAGAGGUAUAUGAUUGAUUACAUAUAAGUAUCGUCGAAAAUCUUGGAAAAAUGGAGUUUACAUUCAACGUUAAUCAUCUUUUUGGUGAAAGUAUUGCAGUUGUCGACAGAGAUCUGAGGCCGUAUCGCACACACUCUCAUGGAUCCGAGGACCACCAAGCGAAUCUGGAGAAGGUUAUUGAUCAGAUGGGGAUGGCAUCAUCAAAGGCCCAAGGUUUAAAACAUGUCAUCACCACGGCUCGGAGAUUACGUUUUACAGACAAUAAACUGUAUGUUGUCACAGAUCCCAUGGCUAAUGGUGAACUUGGAGCAGUGGUAGGCAUCCUGAAAACAGGGAGGAAGAAUCUAUUCGUUCUUGAUCGCCAUGGUAACCAGACAGAGAUGCAGCCUAUCUGCGUCCUGGAUUUCUACGUCCACGAGUCGUGUCAAAGGAAGGGAUACGGCAAGAAACUCUUUACACACAUGCUUCAGGCUGAAGGCGUGAAACCACAUCACCUCGCAAUAGACCGUCCAUCACACAAGUUCCAAUCUUUCCUUAUGAAGCACUACAGGCUCAGAGCUACAAUUCCUCAGGUGAAUAAUUUUGUAAUAUUUGAAGGUUUUUUCAACAACCAACCAGAGAGCAGCUACUGCAGGAAGAGGGCCAUGGGUAAGCCCCCUGUCCCCCCUAACAACAGACUAGUCCACCAACCCUCGCCCACAACGCCCCAUCGCAAUGCUACCUCAUCGGGUGUGUGGGGCCAGGGGACCAGUCCGUCCCCCGUGACGGCCAGAAAGAGGGACAAAGAGGUUCUGAGGGAUGUCAUACCGCCCUCUAGAGGUUCGUCAAGUGGCUCCAACGAUGGUGUCGCUGGUUUAGAGCUGUCAGGGUUGGAGAUAUCAACCCGGGGGAUGGGAGCCCAGGCUAGUAGCUACAGCAGGUACGCCCAGAACUCGACCCCGCCCGUUGGUAGGACAGGUAGUGCAGGGAGUAGGCGUAGCUCUUUCACCAAUUCACCCAUUGCGGGCAGUCCUUUACAAGGCUUUUCUGUGGGUGAGCAGAAUCGAAGGAACUCAUUGGACAACCCCAGAAGAGGAGUCGCAAACGGCAAUCAACCCAAUACUUCCAAAGUGAGCAGUAGCCCACCCCCUUUUGGCCACAUCGGUGCCUUCUCUACGUACAAUAGCCACCUUCAGACGCAGUCCAGAAACGGCCAUCUCAAAGUUUUGCCAAACAGUACUCCGAUCACGAAUAACAGACUAGACAAUCAGGUAACAUCAAACACGGCGCCAACGUCUAACAGCCAGCAACAGCAGCAGCAGAACUCCGCCCACAACCCCUCAGGCAACUAUGUCAUUGACUACACGCCCCCUCAGAAGGUCAUGCACUCUUCCUGGAAUGUGAUGGGGAUUCCCCCCAGCGGCAAGACCAGGGGAAGCCCCAGCAGCAAUCAGAACAAUACCCCAUACAAGGGGGGAAGCCCCGCCUACCAGCAGAGCCCCGCCCAGGGUCAGGGUCAGCAGGGGAGCCCCACCAAGCAGAGUCCGGGGUACAGGAACCAGCACUGGAGCUCCAAUGGGAUAUUUUGACGAAGGCCUGAAGGUGUUGCCGUGGUGGGUAGCAGAGUAACAAACUUGUAACAAAUUUGUGACAAAUGUGUGACAAAUAAAUGUCAUAACAUGUAACAAACAUAUUAUAGACACGUAUUCGAUUGUGUUGCAGGUGCGUACCAAGCAGACUACAAAAAGUUUUGCCAGUGUGUAACAAGCGUGUAGCUGUCGUGCUACAAAUGUAUACCAAACAUGUCACAAACAUGUAGCACAUGUGUAACAAAUGUGUACCACCAUGUCACAAAUGUGGCACAGAUACAUGUGACAGCUUGUAACGCCAUGUAAUGCCUUUGUUCCACCUGAGUUGCUCAAGUGUGUAACAAGUUUAAAAACAUGUGUAUCAACCAUGUUAUUUGUAUCAAUUGGCUACAAACAUGUGGUAAUCAAUUCAAUUCAAUUCAAUCCAAACUAGGUUUUAUUCAAGACUUGUCAAAACGUCCAAAGACUAAAAAUGCAAGUUUACAGAAUUGGUCUUUUGCAUAUCUUCAAUCAUAUUUGAGCCCAAAUUCUCAACAUUUAAAACGACAUUCCUGACAAAAAAGUUUACAU